AUGGCAUCGGCUCAGGCUUCAGAAGAGCAGCCACGACGUCGUGGGCGUCGGCCAGGUCCGGCCUCACAAGCAAAGCCAGAGCAUAAUGAUGAGAGCUUGGAGAAACGGCGGCAGCGGAACCGCAAAGCGCAGCGGCUAUUUCGUCUACGGCGGCAAGCUGCUCAUGCAAACUAUGAGAAGAACAUGGUUCAUAUAGAGGGAGCCCUUGAGCAGAUGGCUGGGACGUUUCUUGAUUUUACAAACGGCAUACUUCAGUCGCCGCUGAUAAGACAGGACCCUGCCCUCGUAUCCAAGCUUCAGUCUGCAACUAACAGUAUCUUACAUCUAUGCCAAGGAGGCAGUAGCCUGGAUGGCAGCCCCGAGGAUAGCCAGGAGAAUUCCGACAUCAAUACGCCUAACGGACGACCUCUAAGCAGCUCUACCAGCGACGAUGUUGGGACGCCUCAUGGAAACGAGCAGCCCUCUCAAACACUAGACAACAUGCUUCUUGAUUUUCAUUCCUUCAACCAACCGACGCCUGCCCUUCAAUCUACUUCGCAUCACCCUACUCACCCUGCUCUCCAACCUGGCAGUAAUGCAUCGGCCGCUCGAUUCAACCCAUUUAUCAAACUACAUUCGUCACCGAUCAGGAAUAUAUUCGGUAAUGGCUUUAUGAGCCUACCACCUAUCAACUUCACGGACUGCUCUAGGACCGGUUAUAUGCUGCAUACAUACCCGUCUGAAGAAUCCUUCAGCAUCAUGAUUACCAGAGCCUCAUUACAGCAUGCAUAUGAUUCUAUCCUGAGCGAUGAGUAUGCGACUUCCGCAGUUGUCGACAGAAUAUUUGGAUUCACUCUCAAGUUUCGAUCGCGCGAAGAAAUCCUCAUGGUACUACGCUGGUAUCUGAGACCGCAGACGUCGGAAAUUUUCAGAUUGGCCACGGCCGAGUUUGAUGAUUACUUGGUAGCCCAGUACUAUCACGGGAUCGCCACCUCUCAGUAUUCGGGUAUCGAUGGGGUCUUUAACGGGGGCGGCCUAGAUCCUUCGAAUAGGAGAGCUUCUUCUCCGUCAAACCAGAGUCGGAUUCUAAACUCCUAUCAGAUUGAGCAGUGGCUAUUAGCUUGUGGGAUGAGACAUCUUGAUUUUGACACAAUUGAGCUAAAAGAAAUCAAGCCGGUGGGUAAACUGCUAAAUAACCAACCGCCGAACACUCCAGAGGAAUUACUGCAGCCCUUUGCAUCAUUACAUCAGCAGCAGCAGCAGCAACAACAUAUGCCUCUGCAAAAUGUUCCCACGAUAGAGGUUCACGCAGCGGCGGAUAUAAAUUCGGGAAACAGUUCCGGGAAGAUUCGCCUAUCAAGAUCACGAUUAAUCCACGUUUUGAGAGGCAUUUCCUUCUGCAUUGACAAAGGGCCAGCGUAUUGCGAAAGAGCCGUUCUGGAGUCGGUAGUCAUAGCAAUGAACGCUGACAAUUAG